AUGCACCAAGCAUGACAGCAAUAGAUACACCAGGACUCUUGAUGUGAAAAGAGGAGAGUGGAGACGUGGAAUAAAUAAAAAAAGAGACCAAAAUGAUAAGAAAUCAAAAAGAGAAGAUAAGAAGUGAGAACGCAAGGAGACGAUCUAAGAAGAGACUUCUGAAUUUGCAGCGUCACGGAGCAGGAAGCAGCAGUGUGCAGUAACACACAUAGUGGUUAAGGACAAAGUGUCUUAAAUCCAAGAAGAUCUGAGGUGACCCUCGCCGAACAAAAUGCCAGAUAAAGUGAGUCUCUUCCAGGGGCAGAGUUUUCACAAGCUGAAGCGUGACUGUUUGCAUCGAGACGCUUUCAAGGACCCCCUAUUCCCCGCCACCACCCAGUCCCUCUUCUAUAAGAGAGACCCGCCGCCGGGGCUGACCUGGAAGAGGCCGAGGGAGCUAUGCAAGGACCCUCGUCUGUUUGUUGAUGGUAUCAGCACUUGUGACUUGCACCAAGGUAGUCUGGGUAACUGCUGGAUGGUGGCAGCCAUUUCUUGCCUGGCAUCUGAGCCAUCCCUGUGGAAAAAGGUGAUUCCUGACCAUGUGGACCAAGAGUGGAACCCAAAGUGUUUAGACCAGUAUGCUGGAAUUUUUCAUUUCCGAUUCUGGCGUCUGGGCCGCUGGUUGGACGUAGUUGUGGAUGACCGUUUGCCAGUCAGCAAAGAUGGCGUGCUGCUCUUCUGCCGCUCAGCCACACCACGGGAGUUUUGGAGUGCCCUUCUGGAGAAGGCCUAUGCCAAGCUAAAUGGCUGUUAUGAGGCUUUAGAGGGAGGCAACACAACAGAGGCCCUGAUCGACUUCACUGGAGGGGUUUCGGAGUCCCUCCUUGUGGAUCGUGAGGCACUCAGCCAUCACAGCGACCAGAGGAGGUCUUUCUUCCAGACGUUGGCUAAGGCGCAUGAACGGAAAGCCCUCAUCACCUGCUCUAUACGACCAACAGAGGGGGAGACGGUGGAGUCUGUGUUGGCCUGCGGUCUGGUUCGAGGACAUGCCUACGGGAUCACAGCUGUGAGGAGGGUGCGACUACCAGAGAAGCAGAUGGAGAAGAAUCGGACAUCUAGAUUAUUGAUGGUGCGGAUGAGGAACCCUUGGGGAACCACAGAUUGGACGGGUGCCUGGAGUCAGGGGUCAAUCCAGUGGCAACAGAUGCCUCGUUUGGAGAGAGAGAAGAUGGGGCUCACUGUCCGAGAUGUUGGGGAGUUUUGGAUGGACUUUGAGGACUUCUGUCACUAUUUCACAGACGUGGUCAUAUGCUGGCUGGUGGAGCGGGCCCUCCUGUGGGUGUGCGCCCACUGGAGAGAGGUGCGCUGCUACGGGGAGUGGGCCCCUGCAUCUGCCACCCCUGGAUCAUCUCUAACCACUGUCCCCCAGAGCCAACACAAACUGACCCUGAUGAAGAGUGCUGCCAAACCUGAAGGGACCAAACAGCGAGGGAACCGGAAGGAGGCUCGUCUUGGGGAAAGCCAGAAAGGAGGGGAAGGAAAGGGUGAGAGAAAUAAGGCUGUAAAAAAAGCGACAAAUGAGGGCAGAAAGGUGAACAACAGCUGGGAGCCACAGCUGGAUAAGAGGAGUAGAUGUGGAGGAUGUAUCAACCACAGGGACACGUUCCUGCAUAAUCCACAGUUCAUGUUUGAGGUGCGAGGAAAAGAGGAGGAGGAGGUGCUGAUCUGUCUGCAACAGGAGGACAGGAGGAUACACAGGAAAGUUGGAGGAGGAGAAAACCUUCCCAUUGGGUUUGAUGUGCUGAAGGUGGAAGUGAACCGCCGCAGCCGGGUGCAGUGUGUGGUGGAGCAGGCAGCCAGCUCCGUCUACAUGGACUCACGCAGCGUCAGCUUGAGGUCAACCUUGGCUCCAGGCCGAUACGUCGUGUUGCCCACCACGUUCCUACCAGGUGCCACAGGAUGCUUUCUGCUACGCCUCUUCUCCCAUUCACGUCUUCAACUCAGGGAACUGAAGGAGGAUUUGCCAUUGCCCUCUGUGUUUGAGUGUUUUCUACCUCAGCCAUCUGUGGUGACAACAGUUCAUCUCCGCAGGGCAUCAGGACUCAGUCCACCCAAACAAACAGCUCCGGAUGUUUAUGCAGUAGUGCGUUGUGAGGCUGACGUCAUAAGAACGCGGGUGUUCAAGGCAGAAGAAAACCCUGAAUUCAACCUCAGAGCCAUUUUCUACAGGAGAUACCCCAAUGCCUACAUCUCUAUCGAGUUGUGGAGUAGAGGUCUGAUGUGGGACUCAUUUCUGGGAGUGGCCCAAUUUCAGACAGCAGAAGUUGAGAAGAGGCGGAGUCAUGUGAUUGACCUAUGCAAUAACCAAUCCUGCUCAGGCAUCCAUGGAUGUGUCUACAUUGAGACAUCCUCUAGUGUGUGCCUGACAGACCUUUGACAGUUUUGGAAAAUCAUCUAGUUACCCUGGUAACAGCAUCACUGCAAAUGAAGCACUGAUAACCAGAUUGGCACAACUGAUGCAUGUAAAUGGACACAUGGAUGUAUUGUAAAAUUUGGUAUUUUGGAAAAAGAUUGAGGUGCUGUUGUUGUUUUUGACAGUAUUAGUUAUUGGUGCACAUUUUCAAACCAGUCUGCUGGUUAGACAUCUACUAAUAUGAGCAACAGGUUGGUCACUGCUGUUUUCCUGCAUCGGCCGAUACUCAAGGUUCUUGAAAUGGAGCAAGGUCUCCACCAAGUGGACAUUUACCGUUAGUGCAGAUACAAUAGAGUGUCACCAAGAGCUCCAGUACAGUACGUAUAUACAGCAGUUUCUCAAAAACAGUUGACACUGCUGCCAAAGUGUCUCUGUAAGUUGUAAAUAUUUAGUGGCGCUAUUGCUGUCAUUUUCUUUUAGUUUAAAAUUACGACACUUAGAUUGGUUAUUAUGUCUGUGGCCACUAAUAUGUUCAAAUGUACAUUAUACAUUAUAUUUUAGCUUAUGAAAACCCACUUCUAAUAGGACUUUGAACUUGAAAAUUAUUUUCAAGGUACACAUUUGUAAAAUUGUAAACUAGCGUUGGCGGAGGUUUGCGCUCUAUGAGUGCCGUACUCUAGUUCUAAUUAGUUCAACUCUUCAGGCAGGCAGUUGAGCUUUUUGGUAAAAUCACCUGUUUUAAGUGCACAGGUGUAGAAGUUUUAUUCACUGAAACUGGGGUUUUCCACUUCUGCAUAUAAUUAUGAUUAUUUAUUGAUUUGUUGUCUCGUUUAGGUAUGAUUCUUCUGAUGCACACAGUCACAACAAUUCUGAAUCUGUAUCGACAACUUUUUAAUUAAAUAAACUGGUUGUGAAUUGAAA